CUGUGGGUGGAAGCGGCCUGGGGCACGUGGCCGCUGGCUGCUGAGCCACAAACUGGAUCCGGGCCUCAGGGGCUCCUCGCCCCUCCCCUGUCCCUGGAAUGCGGGCAGCCGCCAUCCGACUGCGGGAGCCAUUUUCAAGCAGGAGGCCUGGAGAGAGCAAUGUGGCGCUGAGAACUUCUGAACGGGGCUAAGGCCUCAGAUCCUGCAGGGUCAAAGACAAGCCUGGACCAGCCUCUCAUCGCAGAGUGGAAAGCCUUAAUUACCUUGAGCCUGGCGAGCAGUUUAGAAUUCUGCAUCACCAUCCCCAGAAGGAUGGCCAGUUUUGUGAAAUCACAAUAGAAGAAGACACUGAUGAAACCAGAUCAAUGAAGAAGAAAGAGAAAAAGAAAAAAAUACAGCCUUCACCCACACCACCACCCCCUCCACCAAAGAAGUCUGGUCCAGAUAAGGAUGCACUAGAGACUGAGAAGCUGAAGAGGCUUUGUCAAAAACGCCACAGAGCAAGAAUCAAGGCAGCUGAGAAGAUCCAGGCCUGGUGGCGUGGCACCCUGGUACGUCGCACCCUGCUGGUGGCAGCCCUCAGGGCCUGGAUGAUUCAGCUCUGGUGGAGAACACUUUUGUGGAGGCGGGUUCUUAAGCAGCGGCGGGACCUGUUGAAGAUCUAUGUAAUCCAGGAGGAGGCGGCAGUCAAGCUCCAGUCCUGGGUUCGCAUGUGGCAGUGCCAUCGAUGUUACUGCCAAAUACGCAAUGCUGUCUGCAUCCUUCAGGCCCCAAAGAGCUAUUUUGCCUUCCAGACCAGUGAUAUUCUACAGGCACAAUAUGAAGUCACUCCCAACCAGCCGGAGUUCCAUAUUGAAAUCCUAUCAGUCUAAAAGUACCAGAGGGUGGAGAACUACUCCACUGCCCCCAAUAAAUGUCUGACCAGG